AUGAACCUUUAUGAUGAAGUUAAACUAUACAACACAACUAAUGAACGUGAUAAAUACGAGAAUUUAGCUACUUUGUUCGGUAUCAUUCAAUCACUUGAUUAUUUAGAAAGAGCAUACGUCAGGGAUUCGAUAAACCAAUCAGAAUACUCUCCCGCUUGCGUCAAGUUGCUGGCCCAGUUUAAGACAAUUUUAAAGUUGGUGGCUGGCGACAUUGCGGGUUCUGUCGAUGAAUUUAUGGCAGAAUAUAAAAUGGACUGUCCUGCUGCUGCUCAUCGCUUACACGUCGGUGUUCCUGCCACUGUCGAACAUUCGGCAGAAGAGGGCGUUGAAACUGGUAAAUGGGUAGCAGAGACGACUCAGUGCUUUAUCACAUUCAUGGACGCACUCAGACUAAACUUACGAGCGAAAGACCAGUUACAUCCUAUGUUGACAGAUCUUAUGAGCGUCUAUUCACGCUUCAAAGGCUCUUCUGAGUGGGAAGGCAGACCAAAAUUAGUCGGAUGGCUAAUCAGUCUAAACAAGAUGAAAGCUGCUGAUGAGAUUACAGAUGAGCAAUCUCGGCAGAUGUUGUUUGAUGUCGAUCACGCGUAUAAUGAAUUUUUUAGAUCUUUAGGGAAGAACGAUGGAUGAUUAAACGAUUAAUAGAAAAUGUAAAGUAGUUGAAAUGCUAAGUAAAGCAACAAAGCAGCCAUUGAUGUUAUGUUUGCGCUUGCUAUAUUGUGUGCUGCAUGAAUUUUGAUUUGUUCGGGGAUAUGAACAGCGAACUGUUGUAUUUGUUGGAUAUUGAUAUAUAGAUAGUUGAAUGUCGGUAUCAAAAGAACAGCAAAGCUAAUCAAUUCCAGUUUAUACCUUCUGUAUAUGAAGCUAUUGACGAACUGGCUGGACAAACCAAUUAUGAAGAGUGUGUUCAUGAAAACCUUAACAGCCUGAGGGCUGUUGUUGAAAGUGCUAUAAAAACCGAUAGCGUUUUCACCGUUAAAUUUACUAUUAUCCAUUAAAAGCUUCAAAUCUUGUGUGAAACAAAUGAAGAGAAUACCCAAACUGAAUGAAACCGAGGAGAGUGUUAUACUCUUUAGUAACGUCAUUUCCUUUAACCUUG